AUGGUUCCUAUGGCCCCUGUGGUAACAUGGUCAUCAGAGAUCAACUUAGACCCUAGCUACGGCAGGACCAUAGACCCAGAUGUGGCCCUCAGCUGCAUCUCAGGCCUGGACAUCAUCAUGGCCCUAGGUGGCAGGGCAGGUCACUCAGAUCUGUAUUGCCCUGGCUGCAGCAUGACACUCAGACACCAACCUAGCCUCAGAUGGCAGCCCAGACCAUGGGUAUCUGCAUGGCUUUCAGUGUUAACUGAAGCCAUGAAGAUCAACAGAGACCCUCGGAGCAGCAGGGUCACAGACUUGGACAUGGCCUUUGGUUGUCGCUUUGGCUCCAAAAUCACCAUGGCCCUGGGUGGCCGCACAGGCUACUCAUAUCAGCCUGGCUGUAGCAGCAGCAUGGCUCUUGGACACCAACAUGGACUCAGGUUACAUCACCAUCUCCUUUCAAUCGUGUGGGAAGCUCAAACUUUCCCCAUCCUACUGGGCACUUUUGGCUUGCUGCCUCUUCCCAUGGCCGCCUUCAUGAAGGGUUUGCUGGAACCUGGCAGAGACAAGAACUGGUGGCCUAAGAUAAGCACUGACAGUGGCAAGCACGAUACAAAGGUGGGACAAUGUGAGCCACAAUCAGACUUGUCUGGUGCAAGAUCAGAGUGUACUGCUGAGACCCGGGGUGGGGUGGGGGAGCAAGAGCGGAGUGAUCUAACACCAACGUCCAGUCAACUGUGGAUGGUACAGCCUGCAGGACAGUGUGCUCCGAAAAGUCCCAGAGGGGAAAUCAAAAUUAAACAGUGUCAAAGAAGCACAUGGGUGCAUUGGUUAGCCUUCCUCUGCGGAUCAAUCAUUGGAUUUCUUUUAUGUGCUCAGCUAUUUGCUAUUUUGUUGGAUGAACAGAGUGGCAACGACAUGGCUCCUAAUUAUUCCAUUCAGAAUCCAUCAAAUGAUAUCAGAGAAAAUGGUCAAAAAGGAUUGGUGACAUUGAAAAUGAAUACCGGACAUAAGUAUGAAGACACAGACAUUGCGGCAAAACUCUACCAGAAGGUGAAGAUUCUUUGCUGGAUAAUGACAAGACCACAAAAUCUGCAGGUAAGAGCCAAACACGUUAGAGCCACGUGGGCCCAGCGUUGUAACAAAGCACUGUUUAUGAGCUCAGAAGACAACACAGACUUCCCUGCUGUUGGAUUAAACACUGAAGAGGGCAGGGAUCAGUUGUUCCUGAAAACCUUAAAGGCCUUCUUGUAUGUUCAUGGCCACAACCUAGAAGAUGCAGAUUGGUUUAUGAAAGCAGAUGAUGACAUGUAUGUUAUAGUAGACAACCUGAGGUGGCUUCUGGCAAAUCAUGACCCGGAGCAACCCAUGUAUUUUGGGAGAAGAUUCAGGGCUAUGAAUGUAGAUCAGGGCUACAUGAGUCGGGGUGCAGGCUAUGUCCUGAGCAAAAAAGCCUUGAGGAGAGUGGUGAAUGGGAUAAAAGGGAAUGGUUGUGACACUUUUAUCUCCUUUGAAGUUGUCAUCAUGGGACAGUGCUUACAAGCAGUCAAAGUGAAGCCAGGUGACUCCAGAGACCCCACUGGGAAAGAAACUUUCCACCCCUUUUUGCCAAAAAAUCACUUAAUUCCAGGUUUGCAAUACCAAUCCUUUUGGUUGCACGAAUAUAAUUAUUACCCUCCCAUAUAUGGACCCAACUGCUAUUCUGAUUUUGCGGUUUCUUUUCACUAUGCAAAUGCUAGCGCCAUGUAUGAGCUGGAAUAUCUAGUUUAUCAUCUCCGACCAUAUGGUUAUGCAUAUAGAUAUCAGCCUACCUUACCUGAAAAUCUACUAAAGAAAAGAAACAAAGCAAGGCAAAAGGAAGAUGUAAAAGAUUAA